AUUUUACCUGUGGUUAAUGAAGCAGGAGAGGACAGAUCGCCAGAAACCGGCAUCUAUCUAUGCUUUUGAGUCAGAAUCAUCCUGGAGAGACAUGAAUGUCUGCAAUGAUAUUUCCUGACAAGAAGAUAAUAGAAGGAAAGGAGAUCACCAGUUAGCAGAAUUUCAAAUGACCAGGAUUUUGUAUUUAACACUUCCAACUGCAGACUUCUCUUGCCUACCUUUAAAUCAGAGAUAACUACAAUCAGAACCCAGACAAGGCAAAAGAAUUCUUUUCUUCUAUAUCUUUUGAGAUAAAAGAAAUUGCAAUGUCUAGGAAACAAAACCAGAAGGAUUCAUCAGGGUUCAUUUUUGAUUUGCAGUCCAAUACUGUACUGGCCCAGGGAGGAACUUUUGAAAACAUGAAAGAGAAGAUAAAUGCAGUGCGUGCAAUAGUUCCCAGUAAGAGCAACAAUGAAAUCAUCCUGGUUUUGCAGCACUUUGAUAAUUGUGUGGACAAAACAGUACAAGCAUUUAUGGAAGGUAGUGCCAAUGAAGUACUCAAAGAAUGGACAGUAACAGGCAAGAAAAAGAACAAAAAGAAGAAAAGCAAACCAAAACCUGCAGUCGAAGCAAGUAACAGUAUCCUAGAUUCCAGUAAAUUGGUUUCUAUUCAAGAGGAGCAGUCCACGCCUUCUCCAGAAAAAGGUGAUAUUAAUGGUUACCAUGUUAAUGGUGCCAUCAAUGAUACUGAGUCUGUGGACUCACUCAGUGAAGGUAUGGAGACACUUUCAAUAGAUGCCAGAGAAUUGGAGGAUCCUGAGUCUUCCAUGCCAGAUAUGCUGGACAGAACAGGAUCCAUGCUGGAAAAUGGUGUCUUUGAUUUUGAGUCCAAGUCUUUGACUAUGCACCCUACUCAGAAUUCUCAACAAAACAGGAAUGCUAUCAAAUCUCUCUCAAGACCGCAGUUUUCAAAUCUGGGCAUGGAAGAUGUUCCACUCUCCUCCACAAACAAAAAGCUAGGUUCCAAUAUUGAAAAAUCUGUGAAAGACCUCCAGCGCUGCACAGUGUCUCUUGGACGAUAUCGAGUUGUAGUUAAAGAAGAGAUGGAUGCUUCCAUUAAGAAAAUGAAACAAGCUUUUGCUGAAUUGCAGAGCUGUUUAAUGGAUCGAGAAGUGGCAUUGCUGGCUGAAAUGGACAAAGUGAAAGCCGAAGCAAUGGAAAUUUUGCUCAGCCGACAAAAGAAAGCUGAACUUCUAAAGAAGAUGACUGAUGUGGCUGUUCGAAUGUCAGAAGAGCAGUUGGUUGAGCUCAGAGCUGAUAUAAAGCACUUCGUUAGUGAACGUAAGUAUGAUGAGGAUCUGGGAAGAGUAGCCCGGUUCACCUGUGACGUGGAGACCCUAAAGAAGAGCAUUGAUUCGUUUGGACAAGUGUCCCAUCCAAAGAACAGCUAUUCAACCCGAUCGCGAUGUAGCUCAGUUACAUCUGUGUCCCUGAGUAGCCUGUGUGAUGCCCCUGCUGCUGCUGCUGCUGCUGCUGCUGCUGCUUCCCCCUGUGCCUCUGCUCCCAGCCUUACAAGUGCUAACAAGAAAAUGUCGGCACCAGGAGAGACUCCUGCAGGCAGAGCAGACUCCAGUGGCCAGUCCUAUCAGCCUCAUCGCCAGGUGUUGCCGGGGAACCGACGAGGAGGACAAGGCUACAGGCCCCAAGGCCAAAAGUUCAGUGACCCCACGAACCAAGGACGACAUGACAGUAUGGGUCGUCACAGAAAUAGCUCAUGGUUUUCAUCUGGUUCCAGGUAUCAGAGUUCACAACCCCAGGCACCAGGAAAUGCUAGUGAACGGGGCCAGGCGCUCUCUGCAGGGAGCAAUGGAACUGGAGCCAGCAUGGAACCCAGCCCACCUAAGCCCUCAUUCAAAAAGGGCCCACUCCCCCAGCGCAAACCCAGGACCUCUCAUCCUGCAGCUGUGAACUCUUGAGGGAAAUUCCAUUGGCCUCUCUCCUUUAUCCCACAUAAUUCAACUUGGUAACUGGACUUUAGGAAACUUAUAGUUAGAUUUAAUAACAAAAAGCAGUUUUCGCAUAUCAGUUGUUAUACCAUUCUAAAUAUUUCUUUCCUCAUUUCCUCUUUAUCAUUUUUGGAGGGGAAUCUGUUUUUUUCCCUUGACCUUUCCCAGUGAUUUGGAUUCAUUCUUGAUUGGUCAUUUCUACCAGGAAUCAUGGGCAAUGAUGGCCAAGUUUCCCAAGAGUAAGCAAUGUUCUUCCCAGGGCACCAGGCCUUUCAGUUGCCCACAGAGGUCGUCCUCAGCAACCCCCACGGUCAGGCUCUCAGGAGUGGAUGGAUCGGAGCUAGUCCUGCUGCCUUUCCAGUCUAAGCAGAGCCACACAUGCCUGUCAGGUUCCCUCUUAACAACAGUUUAACCAGGAGAGGCACUGAGGGGAUUGUGUACUGCACUCAAUUAGUCAGAGAAGGGGAAAUUUAAUCGGCAAGAAGGAAAAAAGACCAGGAAAUAUUUGAGAAUCUGCCUCUCACAAAGUGCCUGAGAUUGACACUCAGAUCAGGGUUUCAGUCUCCUGCUUGGCAUGAUAGCUUAACCUGCAGUUUCUUCAAAAUGUCCAAAGCUUUGUUUCCUUAAUUUCCUUAGACUGCAAAUGUGUCUAGGGAAGUCCAUGGGAAAAUAGCAUUUAUUUAAAGUUAAAAGAAGGGGAAAAAGUAUUUCUUUGCUUUAAUGUUUGAAGAUUUUUGUUGUUAUUAUUCUCAUUCCUAAAUCGUAUUCUUAUCCUGAAUCAAAUUUAUAGCUAUGUAAUUAGUGUUAAUCUAAGUGUUACUCAUCAAAAAAUUGCCGCAGUCUUUAGAGUUGAGUAAAUAAAAACAACUGCAUAAAUGUUCCCA